UUGAUUAUUAAAAUAAUCGUUAGUUGCAUACACAUAUAAUCAAUCAAGUCUCCCGUGCCCCAAAUGUCUUUCUCCUUUUGCGACGACGACGACGACACAGCAAGAUUCCUUUUCAAGCGAUAAUAAUCCCAAAUGUUAGCGUGUCAACACGCGCACGCUCGUGUAUUGAUUGCGACGAGCGUGCGCGCGGCGUCCCGCUAUCUGAUAAGCUGGCGCGACUCUACCGCUCGUCAUUGCGGAGGACACGAUGGACGCCAUCAAGCUGCUUCUGCUUCUGUUGAGCGCCUCCACCAGCCUGGCGCUGCUCAGGUAACAAAUCGCCUGGAAAGCUUGAAAACAAAUGGAAGUAGUAGUGCAUGUAUGUUGAAGAGGGUACGGAAAUAGGAUAGAUGCUCAAAGGCCUGGUGAUGCUCUCCAGGGUUCCUCUGCGGCGAGGGCGCUCCGUCCGCUCGCAGCUGCGCGCCGCCGGCGUGCUGCGAGACUUUCUUCACGAGCACCGGCCCGACGCGUUCAGCCGGCGCUACGCUCACUGCUUCCCUGCCGGGACGCCGUCGUUGCGCCUGGGCCGAUCCAGCGAGAAGCUCUACAACUUCAUGGAUGCUCAGUACUUCGGUCAGAUCAGUCUUGGGUCUCCAGAGCAGAACUUCUCUGUGGUCUUUGACACCGGGUCAGCGGACCUCUGGGUGCCGUCGACGUACUGUGUCAGCCAGGCCUGCGCGGUGCACAACCGUUUCCGAGCGUUUGAGUCUUCUUCAUACCGUCACGAUGGUCGGAUGUUCGGCAUCCAUUACGGAUCGGGACACCUGCUCGGGGUCAUGGCCAGGGACACGCUCAAGAUGAGCGGCGUGAGGGUGCACAAUCAGGAGUUCGGGGAGUCGGUGUACGAGCCGGGCUCCACCUUUGUGGUGGCGCGCUUCGACGGCGUCCUUGGCAUGGCGUACCCGUCGCUGGCCGAGAUCCUGGGCAACCCCGUCUUCGACAACAUGAUGGCGGGCGACUCCCUGGAUCGGCCCGUCUUCUCCUUCUACCUCAGCAGGAGGUCGGGCGGCGGUCGGGACGUGGAUGGUGAGCUCCUGCUGGGCGGCACCGACGAGGCUUUGUACAACGGACCAAUCACGUGGCUUCCCGUCACCGCCAAAGGCUACUGGCAGAUUCGCAUGGACAGUGUGUCUGUCCAAGGCGUGAACUCGUUCUGUCCUCGCGGCUGCCAGGCCAUCGUGGACACGGGAACCUCCCUCAUCGCCGGGCCCACCGAUCACAUCCUCAUCCUGCAGCAGCUCAUCGGAGCCACGCCCACCAGCAUUGGCGAGUUCUUCAUCGACUGCGCCAGGUUGUCCAGUUUGCCUCACGUGACGUUCGUUCUGGGCGGCAGCGAGUUCACCUUGACGGCCGAUCAGUACGUCAGGAAGGAGAUGCUGGGGGACAAAGAGCUGUGCCUGAGCGGCUUCCAGGCGGUGGACAUCGUGACGCCCCAGGGCCCGUUGUGGAUACUGGGGGACGUCUUCCUCACCGAGUACUACAGCAUCUUCGACAGAGGAAACGACCGCGUCGGAUUGGCGCCCGCUCGCCAUGCUGGCCGCUAACUUGAUG